AUGUCCUUCCAAGGCAAGAAGAGCAUUCCCCGGAUCACGAGUGACCGCCUUCUCAUCAAAGGUGGGAAGAUUGUGAACGAUGACCAGUCCUUUUAUGCUGAUCUGUAUGUGGAAGACGGCCUGAUUAAACAAAUUGGAGAAAACCUCAUCGUCCCUGGGGGCAUCAAAACCAUCGAUGCUCAUGGCCUGAUGGUACUGCCUGGGGGAGUUGACGUCCACACCCGGCUGCAAAUGCCUGUGCUGGGCAUGACCCCGGCUGAUGAUUUCUGUCAGGGCACCAAGGCGGCCCUAGCGGGCGGGACCACUAUGAUACUGGACCAUGUGUUUCCCGAGGCUGGUGUGAGCCUGCUGGCAGCCUAUGAGCAGUGGCGGGAGCGAGCCGACAGCACAGCCUGCUGUGAUUACUCCCUCCACGUGGACAUUCCCCGCUGGCACGAGAGCACCAAAGAGGAGCUGGAGGCCCUAGUCCGGGACAAAGGUGUGAAUUCCUUCCUGGUCUUCAUGGCAUACAAGGACAAGUGCCAGUGCACUGACGGUCAGAUGUAUGAAAUCUUCAGCCUCAUCCGGGACCUGGGAGCCUUGGCCCAAGUGCAUGCAGAAAACGGGGACAUUGUGGAGGAGGAACAGAAGCGCCUCCUGGAGCAGGGCAUCACCGGCCCUGAGGGCCAUGUCCUCAGCCACCCAGAAGAGGUAGAGGCCGAGGCUGUGUACAGAGCAGUCACCAUUGCCAAGCAGGCCAACUGCCCACUGUACAUCACCAAGGUGAUGAGCAAGGGAGCGGCUGACAUGGUUGCCCAAGCCAAGCGCAGGGGGGUGGUCGUCUUUGGGGAACCUAUCACUGCCAGCCUGGGCACUGACGGCUCACAUUAUUGGAGCAAGAACUGGGCCAAGGCUGCGGCCUUCGUCACGUCACCCCCUAUCAACCCAGACCCUACCACCGCAGAUCACCUCACCUCCCUGCUGUCCAGUGGGGACCUCCAGGUGACAGGCAGUGCACACUGCACCUUCACUACUGCCCAGAAGGCUGUUGGCAAGGACAACUUCACACUGAUUCCAGAGGGUGUCAAUGGUGUAGAAGAGCGCAUGUCUGUGGUCUGGGAGAAGUGUGUGGCUUCAGGGAAAAUGGACGAGAAUGAGUUCGUUGCUGUGACCAGUACAAACGCUGCCAAAAUCUUCAAUUUUUACCCCAGGAAGGGGCGUGUGGCUGUGGGCUCUGAUGCUGACCUGGUCAUCUGGAACCCCAGGGCCACAAAAGUCAUCUCUGCCAAGAGCCACAACCUGAACGUAGAGUACAACAUCUUUGAAGGAGUGGAGUGCCGAGGAGUGCCCACAGUGGUCAUAAGUCAGGGCAGAGUGGUGCUGGAGGACGGGAACCUGUUUGCCACUCCAGGGGCUGGCCGCUUCAUUCCCCGGAAGACGUUCCCCGACUUUGUCUAUAAGAGGAUAAAGGCUCGCAACCGGCUAGCAGAGAUCCAUGGUGUGCCCCGAGGCCUGUACGAUGGGCCUGUCCAUGAGGUGAUGCUACCUGCCAAGCCAGGGAGCGGCACACCGGCUCGUGCAUCCUGUCCGGGCAAGAUCUCAGUGCCACCCGUGCGUAACCUGCACCAGUCGGGGUUCAGCCUAUCUGGUUCUCAGGCUGACGAUCACAUCGCCAGACGUACAGCUCAGAAGAUCAUGGCACCCCCUGGAGGACGCUCCAACAUCACCUCUCUUUCCUAG